UCAUAUUUAUUUUAUGAACCUUGAAACACGAAAUAGUUAAAUAUAUUAGGCCUUGUGAAACAAGAUCCAACUACAAGUCCAUGAGAAAUAAUAACAAUAGGACCUGUUUGUCUCUCUAAGCUAUGGCGACAGCGAGGAAGAGAGGAAGACCGAGGAAAAAAUCCAGGAAAGCAAAGCAACCGAACUUUCAAACACCAGAUUUGCGCACAAAAUCGGACAGUAAUGGAGUUGGUAGUGGAGGCUCAUCAUCAAAGAUGCCUUCACGUGAAGAACUAUCUGGAGAUCUGGAAUGCGAACAAGUCGGAAAUAAGGAUCCAAAGAAUGAUGCAAAAGGAAAAUCAGAAGGGAAAUCCUAUGCAGAUGUUGUGGGUAAGCCUUUAGAUGAAGAGCUUAAACUGAAAUUCAUUCCUACAGUUGAGGUGAAAUUCCCUGAUCUAGAUCUGAAAUACUGGAGCAUGGCUGGUCUAAGCAAAUUGGGGAGUGCCAUUGGGAAACCAAUUAGAAGGGACAAGACUACUGCUACUAGAUCCAAGCUAGGCUUUGCGAGAAUACUACUGGAAGUAGGAAUGAAGCAAGACUUCCUGGAGAUGAUACAAUUCCUAGAUGAGACGGGCAGGAUUAUAUCUCAGCAGGUGGAAUAUGAAUGGUGCCCCAUCACAUGUACAUACUGUCAUAAACUGGGUCAUCACGAGGAGGUUCAGGAAGAGGUGCUGGAAAAAGAACAAACCAAAGAUGAGGAUAAUGAAGGAUUUACAGAAGUCAGUAAAAAGAAAGCAGCUAGAAGGAUUGAGCUGGAGGUAUUAAAGGAAGUAUGGGAGCAGGAGGGUGAAGGGAGAGCCAUGUAUCAAGUAGUACAAAAGCUUAAAGCUCUCAAAAAACCCUUAAAGAAGCUGAAUAGAGACAAAUUUGCUGAUAUUCACAACCAAUGUGAUGUUCUAAGAGAAGAGCUCAUGGAAACCCAGAGACAAGUCAGAGCACAGAUGGAGGAUGAGGGACUCAUUAUGAAGGAGAAAAGGCUAUUACAGGAACUGCACACAAAGAUAAAAGCUUCGUGUAUGCUAAAGAAACAGAUAGCCAAGCAGAAAUGGAUUGUAGAAGGGGACCAGAACUCUAAGAUCUUCUAUGCCUGGGUUAAAAAGAAGAGGCUGCAAAACCAAAUUAGUGCUAUCAUGGAUUCCGAAGGGAAUAAGGUUGAAGGAACCAAUCAAGUGGGAGAAGUGUUCUUGGAGUAUUUUAAUAAGUUACUCGGAAGUGAACUUCAAACAGAUGAUAUUAAAGUAGAGAGCAUGGAACUGGGCAGCAAACUAUCAACUAAGAAACAAUUGGAGCUGAUUGAACCCAUCACACCUCUACAGAUUAAAGAAGCUCUAUUCAGUAUUCCAAGUAGUAAAAGUCCUGGCCCGGAUGGGUAUAAUAGUGGAUUCUUCAAGAAACAGUGGCAUGUGGUAGGAGAGCUGGUUACAAAAGCAGUGGCUGAUUUCUUCUAGACGGGGAAGACCUUGCAACAAAUCAAUGCUACAAACAUAG